UCCCGCUGCUCCCUCCUCCCGCUUCCCCCUCCCUCCUCCAGCUCCUCCCCGCCCCGGGGCCCCGCGCUCGCCUCUGGCCGGGCCUUCCCCGCGCCGCCCGCGCAGUCGUCUCUGCUCCAGGAAGGCGAUGCCGAGCCGGGUGGCCAUGGAGGCGGCGGCGCGGAGGCGGCAGCUCCCGGGAGCGGCGGGCGGCCCCGGCGGCGCGUUCGUGCAGGCCAGGCAUGGCUCCGUGAAGGCUGAGGAGACAGAGCGCACAGCUCCCUUCCACUUGGACCUCUGGUUCUACUUCACACUGCAGAACUGGGUUCUGGACUUCGGCCGGCCCAUUGCCAUGUUGGUGUUCCCACUCCAAUGGUUCCCUCUCAACAAGCCGAGUGUCGGGGACUACUUCCACAUGGCCUACAAUGUCAUCACGCCCUUCCUUCUGCUCAAGCUCAUCGAGAGGUCCCCCCGCACGCUGCCGCGGUCUAUAAUCUACGUCAGUAUCAUCACCUUCAUCAUGGGAGCCAGCAUCCACCUGGUGGGCGACUCCGUCAACCACCGCCUGCUCUUCAGUGGGUACCAGCACCACCUGUCCGUCAGAGAGAACCCCAUCAUCAAGAACCUCAAGCCAGAGACACUGAUCGACUCCUUUGAGCUGCUCUACUACUAUGACGAGUACCUGGGCCACUCCAUGUGGUACAUCCCCUUCUUCCUCAUCCUCUUCAUGUACUUCAGCGGCUGUUUUACCACCUCCAAGGCUGAGAGCCACAUGCCAGGGUCAGCCCUGCUCCUGGUGGUGCCCAGUGGCCUGUACUACUGGUACCUGGUCACCGAGGGGCAGAUCUUCAUGCUCUUCAUCUUUACCUUCUUUGCCAUGCUGGCCCUCGUCCUGCACCAGAAGCGCAGGUGCCUCUUCCUGGACAGCAACGGCCUCUUCCUCUUCUCUUCCUUCGCCCUCACCCUGUCCCUGGUGGCUCUGUGGGUUGCUUGGCUGUGGAAUGACCCUGUACUCAGAAAGAAGUACCCUGGUGUCAUCUACGUCCCUGAGCCCUGGGCUUUCUACACGCUCCAUGUCAGCAGUCAACACUGAGGCUCCCUGGGAGCAACAGGCCAUGGGUAUUUGUGCCUGGGUGCAUAUGUGCAUCGUGGUAACGUGGGCUGUGCACUGUGCACAGAUUUGCAGAGUUCAUUGUUGAGAGACUCAACUGUUUGGGUCUGGGAUUUUUGUUUGUUUUUUGCUUUGGACUUCAGAUGGCAUUUAGUUUGGGGACGUAUAUGAAGGCCAAGAUCCUGGCCCUGCCCUACCCUGUAUUUCACUACUAUUAAGGGUGCCUAAGUAACACUCCCAUCUCUCAGGACUGAGCUGGCCUCACAUGGAAAUGUCUUCUGGUGGCCAUGCAGGUGAAGGGUGGUUAGGGCAGAAACAGGAAACUCUGCCACCCACCCAGAAGCUGGCUUGCCCUGAAGCUGCCUGCCCCUGGACCCAAGGUUUCUAGGUCACAACUUCUGUGCUUUGAACAGCGUAUUUCCAUCUGGGCUUCAUUUGUUCUAGAGGGCCCUGUGGUCCCCAAGUAGCUCCAUGGACUGGGGGUUACUGGUUCCUCUGGUUUAGCCUCAGCAAGGAAGAGUGGUUCUGUCUGUCACUGCGUCCCCACCCUCAGCCUAGAGGGGUAUCUUGUCCAGCCUAGGACCUCACUGACAUGCUACUGAGAACCCAGUCUCCAGGGAGCCAGAGGCCCAGUUCCAGGUCACUAUCAGCUGAACUCUGGAAACCUGGCCUGGGUUUUGAGCUGCAUAGAAGGCAGAGUUCUCAAGUCCUUGUUUUAUAGAUUCCCUGAGACCUGUUGUAAGGGUCUGGGGUGUUACAAAUCUCUCUCAAGAUUUUACAUCUCAACCUGAAUCUCUCGCCACCUGCCCGGUGCCUUUGUUCCCAGCACGGUGGCUCCUGCUUCUCCCCAGCCCCGCCUCCUCCCAGGCUUAGGUACAGGUCUCCUUGGCACAAGGCACCACCACCUCCUUUGGCAGCCAGCAUUGGCCUGUGCUGUGAGCUUUGGGACACGCCUAUGCGUUCUUUCCUGUUGCUCUCGGAACAGUGGGCCCCAGAUUUUCUCUUUUGUUGUGGUCUUUCUACAGGCUAGACCAUGCUGAGUGCUGAGAGGUCUGAAUAAAGGCUGGUGUGGAGCCCAGCCUGGCUGGGGGCUGUUUCUAGCUUUGGGAAUGUGGUGGGAGGCAGGAGGGAGUUCUGGACUAAGCGGGGGAGACUGGCUGGUCUGGGGCCUAGGCUGUAGGGUAAGAGGCUUUCUCUUGGGGCAGGCCUUGAGGGCCCUCUCACUGCCCCCUCCUCCCCAAUCCGCCUACCACCUAGAGCAGUGGUUCUUAACCUGUGGGUUGCGACCUUCAGAAAACUCUUAUUGCUGAUGGUCUUAGAAACUGAGACUCUGCUCAGUCGCAACAGUAUGAAGUAGCAACAAAAAUAAUUUUAUGGUUGGGGUCCCUACAACAUGAGGAACUGUAUUAAAAGGUCACAGAGUUAGGAAUGAUGAGAACCACUGACUUAGGGACUCCUGGGGCUGUGGGCAAGAAGGAUCUCUUCCCAGUCAGUACAGUGUCCUUAGAGGAACCUGGGCCACUGCGGGGGGGGGGGGGGGGGGGGGGGGGGAUAGAGCAUCUCAGACCUGUCGCUAGGGGUUCCCCUCCAGUCAUCCCCUGUGCUGGGAGGCAGCGGGAAGCUAUUUUGUAGGAGGCGGCCCUGAGCCUUGGGCAAGUUGACUGUGCUCUUGGUGGCCAGAGUUCUCAGCCUGGCCACACCUCACCAGAGACAUGGGGACCAUGGCUCCAUCCAUGCAUCUGUCCCCUCAGCUGCCCAGCACAUUCCUUGUCUGCCUCCAGGAUGCUGCCAUUUCAGGACUAUCAUUAUCAGGUCUAAACAGCUAUCUCAUAAGCAGGGGCAGGCUUGAUUUGUGGGGCCUGAAGACUUUGCAUUUUGAGGAGCCCUUUGUAAGAAAACAGUGGGAAUGGGGGCAGUGUGUAGGCCAGAGGACAACCUCAGGUGUCCUUUAGGGACACUAUCCACCUUGUUUUUGAGACUGGGUCUUUCACUGGCCUGGAACUUGCCCAUUAGGCUAGGUUCACUGGCCAGUGAGGGCUGCAGAGAUCCAGUCUCCACCUCCCCAGGCCUAGAUUGCAAAUGUACCACCACACCUGACCUUUCUUAUGUGGGUCCUGGGGUUAGAACUCAGGUCCUUGUGCUUGUAAGGCAAGUGCUUUACUGACUGAGCCAUUUCCCUGACCCUAAGGGAACAUUUAAAAACAUUUACCAAAGUGAGUAUUUAGGAAUAGCAAGUUCCUGGAGCCCUGGGCCACUGUGUGCCUCUUGGGCAGUUGACUAGGGAUGUGGUCCUGGAAAGCUGUCUGGAUGGCAGCCUGGCUUCAUCUACCUGGAUUUCUACCAGCAAGCUUCUAGCAAACUGGGUCCCAGAGUGAGGCAGGUUAUGGGAGAAACCAGCAACUGGGGACGGACCUUGUAGGCCACUGUGAUGUAGGCUCCUCUGGGGACCACCACUCCAGGCCCUGGCUGCCCUGUGUGGCCCUAGACUUCAGCUAGUUUCCUCUGGAAACAGCAUCUUGACCCCCUUCUGGGUUGUACCUAGUGGGAUCCAUGAGACUCCAGUUUUUUGCUGCCCAGGUGCAAGUGUGCAGCCCAUGUGGCUUUGCGAGGCAGCUGUCGUGGUACCGUGAACAUGAUGGUCGAGAACAGCAGCUGUUCAUCUGCUCACUUCUGAGGGUGAGGUGUUGACAGGGUUGUAUUCUCACAGGCUCUAGAGGAUGCUUCUCUGCCUCUUCCAGCCUGUGGUGGGACUCAGGCUAUCCUGGGUGUUCUGGGCUGUGGGCCCAUUAGUCAUGGCCCUCCCUGUGUGGUGUCUGAACCCCCUUCCUUGAGUUAGGACCUACCUUACUCACUUGGGAUGACCUCAUCUCGGUUACAUCCACAGACCUGCUUCAGAUUAAGUCCCUUGGCUCUAGGUGGACACGGAUUCUGGGGACACUAGUUAGUCCAGGAGAGGCCUGAAACAAAAAGGCACAUAGGAUGGAGGUGAAGAGAGCAAAGUCAGAGCCUUCUUGCCCUUCCACACUUUACCCAGCAGGCACACAGGAAGCCUGCCAAGUCUCACUCUCCUGGCCGGGGGAGGGCUAAGGACUGCCCUAUCAGCUCCCGCCUGUGUGAAAGGAAGGGGCCUUGGCUAAGAGCUUGGCUGAGGAACACAGCUCCAUAAGAAAGUGUCAAGAGGAAGAUCUUGCUCUCUGCAUCCCUUUCAAGGGCAGGAUAUAGGGAGACAGGGCUGGGGUCAGGGACUGAGUCUUCCAUGGUACAGGCUGGCUUUGAACUCACUCAGGAGCCCAGGGUGGAACUGAACUUCUGAUCCUGCUGCCUUUAUUCUCUACUGGAGUUACAGGCAUGUGUGUCUGAUUCAUGCAGUGCAGUGGGUCAAACCCAGGGCUUGCAUGCUUGAGACAGGGUGCUUCUAGCUUUGGAGCCUGCCCUGGCACUCGCUCUGUUGACCAGACUGGCCUCGAACUCACAGAGAUCCGCCUGCUACUGUCUCCCGAGUGCUGGGGUUAAAGGAGUUCACCGCCACUGCCCGGCUCCUACAUAAUCUUUCUAAGACAUUCCCGGAGGCUCUUCUGCUGCUCUGGUUGGCAUCCUUGUGGACAAAGUAGCCUGAGUGGGGAGGAGGUGCCACUUGCCUGAAGCCCCUUCCACGGGGAGGGGGCUUAGUCCAGGGUGGUAAAAAGAGGGAAGGGACCCAACAGAAUUCGGUGAUGCCCAAGGGAGGUGCCAGCCCCUAGCCAGGAGGGCCAUGUUUCAAGAAUAAAGUGAAUAAAUUCA